AUGUUCGGCGAGGAGAUCAGCGAGUCGCCUCGGCUCGACUCGCCUUUCCAAUCGCUCUCGAGCGUGCUAGCAAGCACGGUCGUCGAUUCAGGUCAAACAAGCGGAGCAGCGUCAGUCGUACAGCGAGAUGGAUCUUACCAGAAGAUGCUACGGCGUGCCUCGAGCAGCUUGCUGUCCUGCUCGACCACAUCGCACGCUACCGCGUCGGAUGAGCUCGAUCUGCCGCUUCAGGCGCUUCACAUCGAUCGCAAACUAUCCCAAUCGUUCGGCAUUGCUCCCGAGUCGGAUGACAGUGGCCACAUUGAGUACAAGUAUAGGUUGCAAACGGCAACGGGCGAUCGUCUAGGACGUCUGGUCACCCAGCUCAAAUGGCGACUCAUCGAAGGCGGUGGCUUGGCUAUCUACGAGAUCGGCAUCCUCGACGAUGGAACACUCAUUGGUCUCGACGCGCAAGAUCUCGAGAUCUCUCUGCGUACCUUGCGCACCAUGGCCGAUCAAUUAAGCGCCAAAGUCGACAUUCUGCGCAAGAUUGAGAUCUCGCCGUCUUCUGAUCCAGAGACAGAGGACGCGCUGGCACUCAAGAUUGCAAGACAAGAAGCCAUUGAUGAGAUGGGCGACGAUCCCAAUGCCAAGAUGAAGCGAGAUCUCAUCGAAGCAGGCUACCGGCGUGAGCCGCCGCAAUACCUACGCCAGCAGACCGUGCAGGGCUUACAUCCAAGGACGAUCAAGAUGCUCGAGCGUCAAGCAAGGCGGCAGAAGCGUGACCGUGUGCUCUUGAGGCGCGCAAACGGUAUCUUUCAAGACACAGACGACGAGGACUCAGAUUCCAGCAGUCAGAGACUGCCUGUCACUACUGCGACGGUCCUCAUUCCAGAUGAGCAGCUAAUCACCAUAGAGCCGGGCUUCGAUUGGCCGGACGUGAGCUUGUCUGAGCCAGAGCCCCCCAUCGCUGCCGAAGCAACGAUCAAGCCUAGCAACACCACGAGGUGGCGACGAUCGCCCAGCAAUUGCUUCAGCGUGGCUGAUGACGUAUAUACGAGCGACGACGAGGAAGGCGACCUGGAGAUCGUCAAGCCGCUCGAGGCGUUGACGUGCAGGCCUCCCGAUCGCCCAACGCCAUCACCUCGACCGCCGAGUCUGACAGCGGCAGAGAAGUGGAGACGACGUGAAGUGAGACGGGAGAAGAGCCGGUCUGCAAAGGCUGCGCUUGCCCGGAGCUUGCCAUCAGAAGACACGCAGCCUGCUCUACCGUCUUCAAGCAGACAGUCCGAUACUGACAAUUCGCAAGGCUCGGGCCAUUCCUCUCCUUUGCCUUCACCCUCGCUCGUGUCCUCGACGACGUCGAUGUCGAGCGCGAGCGAGCCUGCUACGCUUGCACAGUCAACUUCUAAUCCGAGCGAGCAAACGAGCUCGGAUCACUCAAGUCGCAUGCGCUACAUCGUCGAAGCCCAGAUCAUUGCCACCGGUCCACUCACCAGUGCCUUCAAGACCAACACGAACUCUCUGGACGCAUCGUUUCCUGCAUAUCUCAAUCUCGAGGAUUUCGGACCGUCCACAAAUUAG